UACAACGCUUCCAUGUCUUAGUUGUUCAAAGGCUGUCAGCAGCGUCUAAACAAUUAACGAAGAGUUAGAAAAAAAGAAUCAAAGUAGAGGAGGAUGAGAGGAGCGUUUGCAACGAGGGCAAAGGAAGGAGAUGCGUUGGCGAAGGAUGAUGCAACUCAGGUACGUCAUCAACCAUAUCAUGGUGUUCUUGGUUCGUCACCCCGACGUCAGGUCACUCAAGAUCUAGAGAAAGGGUAUGUCAUUUCCAAGCUUUUUAAAAAUCCUUCUUUCCCCAUUUCCAACUCUGCUUCACAAGCUCGGAUGCCAAAGCCUUGUCCCCCUUGUGCUUUUCCUCGUCCUUUCAACUCUCUCUUUGAAAACCAUCUUCCUCAUAAAAAAAACCUCUGCUUUUCCCCCAUCGCAAAAGCUUUUAGGAUUUUCAGGUUCCAGGGACAAUCAAGGGUGGAUUUCUGUUUCUCGGAAGAAAAGAGGUCGUGCUAUGGAUAGCAAGCUGUUGCGUCAUUCAUUUCCUGCAGAUUAUAUGAAUCCCAGAGAGCCUAAGAGGUGCUUCAGCUGCGGCGAUGACCGGCAUACGACUAAAUUCUGUCGUAAAGGUGCUUUUAUCUGUUUCAAAUGCCAUGAGGAAGGACAUAUUGCUAAGAAUUGUAGAUCCCAUCUACGUCCUUCAGAGAAGAAACUGGACUUUGUCUGAUUCUUCUACUCUUUGUGAUAAUGCCAUGGUUCUUUCUUCCUUUGCCGUUCUUACAAUUACAGAGGGGUCACCGUCCCUCGAGUUGAUCAAGGUUCGUCCUUCUUGGCUUUUCAAAUUGCAGAUGUGGUCAGGAAAGGUUAUCCCUAUCCUGGGGAACAGAUUUUUAGUGGAAUUUCCAUCCCUUUCUAAGUUAUCAGAGGCUGUUGAUGUUCAAUCGCGUGACUUUGAAAAGUUCAAAGGAUGGUUUGCGCCAUGGACUGAAAAUAUUGAUAUGAAAGUGGUAGAUUCUGCUUUCUAUCAAUGGAUCAAAAUUAAAAAUCUCCCUUUUCAUUUUUGGUCUAUGGAUAUUCUCGAGAGGAUUAUUGGUACUUUUGGUGAAAUGGUUAGCGGAUGCAAAAAUCUCAAAGAUAAGUUAAACGGUCAUCAAGAUGUUCGUGUUCUUGUCGAAGUAAAGGCAGCGGACUGUAUUCCAAAAACUAUUGUAUGCUCUUACACUUCUCAGAUUGAUUCGUUCACAAGACAAGUCACUUUAGAUAUCCUUCCUAUUGGUGUUGGUCAAUUAGGUCCUGAAGUUAUAGGGCUACAUCUCAAUGAUAUGAAAGCUCAAGGAGACGUGGUUUUAGAGUCCCUCUGGUCAGAACAAAUAACAGCUCCUCUGGCUGAGUUGUCUGCUACUCCUAUGGGUGAUAUUAUGGUUAAAUCAAUGGUUGACAAAGGGAAGGGUAUUCUGGAAACUGCGUCACCGGCUUUGAAAUCAGUAUAUCUUCAGGAAUCUCGAGCUGGCAAUGUGCCACCUGUAGAAAGUUUUCAAAUUCAAUCAACAGCUGUUAUGGAUGAGGAUUUUCAGCAUGAUAAUCCGGCUGCUAUUCAGGUGGAUCCGAAGACAAUUAUUGAGGAGGAGCCUUUGAAUGGCGGGAAAGCUGACUCAGCAAAUUCUAAUUCUUCAGCUACCUCCUCCCCUCCAAAACAAACUGCUACUCCUUCUGUUCAGUUUACUACUUCUGUUCCACCGGGUUUUCCACGCCGUCAAGCUUCUUCUACCUCUUCUCGUUCAGUUCGGAAGACUAUUUUUAGCAGGAAGCAUAAGAGCUUUCUCCAGCAAGCUACUUCUGCUAAAAAAAUGGCUCCAUCGACAAAGAAAGGUACAAUAGCUUCCUCUUCUUCUUCAUCAACUGCUGCUCUACCGAUUAAUUCCUUAGAUAAGAAUGCUUUCAAUCUUGUUGCUGAUAAUUGUGGUGUUACUUUAUCGGAAGAAUCUAUGGAUAUCAUCAAAUCCAAAGAAGUGGAGAGACAUGAUAAGUCUCUUUAAGUGCUUGCCGAUCGUUUAGUUUUGGGGUUUGUUUUGAUUUUGUUAUCUAUGAAAUUUACAACAUGGAAUGUUCGAGGUCUUAAUGACCCUUCUAAAAGAUGUCUGGUCAACGAUUUUUUAACUCAUUCUUUUAUUGAUGUUGCUGGCUUGCAAAAAAGUAAAUUGGCAGAUCCUACUCCAAGGAAGCUUCAAUCUAUAGGUGGUAGAAGACUUGUGAAUUGGUGUCAUCUCAAUUCUAUUGACUCAAGGGGUGGAGUUCUUGUUGGGUGGUCUGAUGAUUUCUCUCUAGUUCAAUCGUAUGUGGGUGUCUUCUCUGUUUCUGUCCAUCUUCAUCAUAAAUCGUCAAAUUGGUCUUUCAUCUUCACAUCUGUUUAUGCUCCUUAUGAUAGAGAGGACAGAGAAGUUUGUUGGUGGGAGUUAGAUCGUAUUCGAUCCAUU